AUGAUCCCAUACGCAGCUGCCGAGUCGCCAGUCUGCACAUCCGCCGUCCCCGCGAACGCGUCAACCUCGCCCGCCGCCGACAUUGCACUUCCCCUCAUCGAGGAUGCCGCCAAUCCCGACGAUGGGCGGAAGCCGCCACCGCUGCUGCGCUUAAAAGUUAGCGGAGGUGAAGGUGGGGCGGGACGGGGGACGGAUGGGACAGCAGAGACGAAAGCGGCGGCACGGGCGGGAAUCGAGGGGAAGUUAUUGGUCCCCGGAAGGCGCGCGGGAAGAAGCGCGAGCGGAGACGGCGCAAUCAGCGCCAAUGGUGGAGCGGAAAGCCCGCCAGAGGCGGUCACGGGCCCACUGACGUACCACGGGGAAGGGCGGAGGAGCGAUAAGCGGAGCCCUUGGGGGGCGGGGCGCGGGGACAAGGCGCGGGCGGGGGAAGAGGAUAUGGGAGAGGAGAGAGGCGCGCUCGCUCCGCUACCGCGGAACGGGCGGAAGGGGCGAAGGCGGGGCGGGGAAUCCGCGGGCGGUAGCAGAGAUGCGCUACAGGGGGCGGAGCUUUUUAGGCGCGCCGUUACCAUUGGCGACGCGAGCAGCAGUGGCGGAAGCAGAAGGGCUACAAGUGGUAGCAUUGCCUUCAAUUCAGCGAACCAAUACCGUAGCGUCAGCAGCAACAGCAGCAGAAGGGGCACGAGUGCCGGCGCGAUAGCGGAUUGGGAUCCCCCUGCCGCGUCCCCCACCCCCGCCGCUGCUUCCGCCAACCCCAGCGCCGCUUCCGCUGCUUCCGCCACCCCCAGGAGCUCCUUGCCCCGUUCCGCCACCAGCACUAUCACCCCCACCUCCGCCGCUGCGCGCGAGGGGCUGUUCGGGUUCCGCGCAGGCGCGCGCAGGCUGUACGAGGCGCGGAAGCAGGCGAAACGGCAGGCGAGUGGCGGAGGCGGCGCAGGUGAUUUGGCGGGUAGAGCGCCGUCCAUGGGGAGAGAUGUGUGGGAGGCCGCGGAGAAGAACCAGCUCGUGCGGUGGGUGGGGAGCGCGGAGAGGGGGAGCGCGGAGAGGGGGAGCGCGGAGAGGGGGAGCGCUGAGGGGGAAAAUGCCGAAGGGGGAAGCGCCGAAGGGGGAAGCGCCGAAGGGGGAAGCGCCGAAGGGGGAAGCGCCGAAGGGGGAAGCGCCGAAGGGGGAAGAGUUGAAGGGAAGAGCGCCGAAGGGAGAAGGGGAGGAAGAGGUGUGGGGGAGAGCGGUGAGGGGGGGUGGGAGGGUAGUAUGAGGCUUAGGGAGGGGAGGGGCGGAGGGGAGGGGGAGGGUGAGAGUGAGAGUGGAAGGGAGAUAUGGCACGAGGUGCGGGAUAUGAUGGUGCUCAGAAGAGGAGGAGGGGAUGAGGAGAGUGGGCCUGAAUGGGAUGAUAUAGAUUGGGGAGAGGAUAGUGAAGAGGAGGAUUGGGAGGAGGAGGGAGAGGAGGCAGAAGGGGAGGAGGAGGGAGAGGAGGCAGAAGGGGAGGAGGAAGGAGAGGAGGCAGAAGAGGAGGCGGAGAGCAGGGGAGGUGGAGCAGCAGAGCCUGUUUCUGAAGUUUCUCAGGAGGUUGAAGGGAGCGUGGGGUUAAGAGGUAACGAGGAAGCUUUCUGUCUUAAUGAGGUGGAAAGUGGUGGAGAUGUGAGUGAGGAGUGCGAGGAGGUGUGUGAGGGUGAAAGGGGUGAGGGGGAGAGGGAGAGGAGGGAGGAGAGGGAGCAGAGGGAAGCUGAGGGAGGUGAAGAGAGGGAGGAGAGGGAAGCGGAGGGAGGUGAGGAAGGUGAUGGGGAGACAGCAGAGGAUCAUUGGUUUCACAGGAAGGGAACAGAGGCAGGAGAAGGGGUGGAGGCAGGCGGAGGGGUGGAGGCAGGCGGAGGGGUGGAGGCAGGCGGAGGGGUGGAGGCAGGCGGAGCAGCAGCAACAGAAGCACCAGAAGCAACUGCAGAAGCAACAGAAGCAGCGGCAACAGCAGCAGCUGCAGCAACGGGGGCUGCAGCUGACGAGCAAUCGGAGCAGGCUGCAACGCCCGCUCCACCCGAUACCACCCCAUCCGCUGCAUCGGCUACACCCGAGGGGACUUGCACGUUUCAGGCGCCUCAAAAGUCGCAGUCAAGCACAGCAACAGCAACUGGAGCACAAUGCGAGCCCCUCUGGCCCCUCACGCCCUCUCACAAGACUAUUCCGUCCGCCCACACACCCUCAAGCAUAAUCGCCGGGGAUCCGCACACCCCUCUCUGGCCCCUCACGCCCUCUCACAGGCCCUCUGAGUUCACUCUCGCACCACCGAUCCCUGACACUGAUGCACGAUACGAGCCCCUGUGGCCCCUCCCUCCGGCUGGGUCCCGGCAGCGCGGGAAGGGCAAUGAGACGGCUCAAAGCCGGCCGAUGAGUAGUGGAGGCAGGGAACGGGGAGCAGACAGGGUGGGGCAGGGAGGAGGGGGAGUGGGGAAGCAGGUGAAGCGGUCUGAGACGGGUAGGGGAGCUGGGUUGGAGGAACGGGCAAGUGCUAAUCAGGAGCUAAGUCAGCAGCACAAUCAGCGGCAAGAGGAGCAGCAAGAGCAGCAGGACAUGCAGCAGGAAGGGCAGCAGCAAGAGCAGCGGCAAGGGGAGCAACAGCAGCAAGGGAAGGGGCGGCAGGGGAAGGAGCAGCUUCAUCAAUCAGUGAGCGAGGGCAGCAUAUUCACACGGCCUCCUCGCAGCGACACCUCACCCCGCAUCCCCUUACCCCGCCACCGUACGCUCCUCUCUCCCCGCGAACUCCUGAAAAAGCUCUCUGCCUUCCCCUCCAGUUUCCCCUCCUCUAGUUUCCCCUCCAGCGUCCCCUUGGGGGGCCCCACCCGGGGGUUCUCUUCCGGGCGUUCUUCGGGUUUCCCCUCGUGGAAGAGUGUAACCCGGCGGCGGCACUCGCACCACGAGGCGCUGACUUCGGUACCUUCAGAUGGGCCCAAGGACGUGUGGGAGGCAGCAGAGAAAGAGCAGCUGGGUGGGUGGCGGAGCCGGUCGAGGGGUGCGCGCAAGAGGAGCAUCAUGGAGGCUGCUGGACGGAGCUUGAGUGGUUUGAGUGAUAGUAGUUCGAGUGGGAGAGAUUUGAGUAUGAGGGAUUUGAGCGGUGCGGGGUUGAGUGGCAGGGAUUUGAGCGGAGGAGGUAGCAAAAGUUGGCAUGAGACAGGGAGUGGGGUUUUGAGCGGGGGGGAGCAAGGUGGGGGGUUGGAAGGGAGAACAGCAGGAGGAGGAGGGAUGGAUGGUGUGGUUUUGAACGGGGGGGAGCAAGGGGAGGCUCAGAGCUCCUACAGUGCAGAUAUACCUGGGUUGCAUAGCAGGAGGCACACUGUAGACGGUAUUGGGGCUGCUCUUGGCGAGUACAGCAAGUCUGCUUAUAAGGAGGACGGCGGGCGCGUGAGUCGGAUCCGCCGGGGUGUGUUUGGGCUUGCGAGGAGCAGCAGCAGCGACGACACGGCAGCUGCAGGUGCCCGCACGAGCAGCAGCCGCGGCAGCACCGGUGAGGCUUCGCAGGCAACAGCGGUGCUGAGAGCAAACUCAGAGAGCAGAGGGCGUGGGCAUGCGAGGAGCGGCAGCAGGCUGAGGUCAUGGGGGUUCAGGUCGUGGGGUAGCGGUGGGGGUAGCAGUAGUGGUCACAAGAAGGACAGCCUCUCUGGGGGUGAUGAGGCGCCUUCUGAGGCACCUCGAUCCGUGCCAGUGAUAACGAAGAAUGAUGGCUCUGGUGAGAGCAGGGAAUCAAGUCAGAUGGACUCGAGCUCGAGUGGCAAGGAUGGUGGAGUGGAGAAGAGCACGAGUGGUGCCGUGCAGCAAGGUUGCAGUAGCGGCAGCAGUGACUGCUUUGCUGAGGAAGCCUUGCUCUCUGAGAACCCUGAGAAUCAUUGCAAGGCUUCAGGUGAAUCCUCAGGUGGUGGCGUUCUGUGGAAUCCGUACAGUGCGGAGGGCCGCCUGGAGGAAAUGCCGAGCUUUCUUUCAGAGUGCAAGUCGUCUGGGUUGGAAUAUGAAGAGGAGGGGGAGGAAGGAGAGGAGGGGGUGGGGGGAGAGGGGGAGGGGGGCCACCUGGGAGUGGCGUGGAGCUGCCCUGUCCUGCUGCCUGAUGCCUCCCUUGGAGUGCCACCUGUGAUGCACAGCCUUGUGGAGAGGCAGGAGGAAGGGUGCGAGAGCCAGCAGGAUGUUCAUUCGGGGCAACCCAAGAGGCAGCAGGGGAAAGAGCGUGGCACCCAUGAGCUGGCAGGUGGGAGGGCUGUUACAUUUGCGAGAAUGGAGCCCUUGCACGAGGGCGAGGCUAUGGAGGGGUGUGAGGGUGAGUCUGUGGGGGUCGAGUCUGUGGGGGGUUCUCAUAGAGAAGCAGAGGAGAGAGUGUCUGAGCAAGGUAAGCAGGGUCAAGAGAAGAGGACAAGGGCUGCCACCCUUCUUGUUGCAGUGGAGCCGUUCAGACAGCGUGUGCAGAAGGCAAUGCGGGGACAGCUGGCGUAG